AUGGUCAGCAAGAUGAUUUCCAUGUCGCUGGAGAACCUGGUGGAAACUACCUCCAAAACCUUUUCUGGAGCACUUCGUCCCCACGGGUGCCAGCAGGACCAGGAAGACGGGAAAAGCGGCUGGGUGGGGGGUGCUGGUAGCUGCACCCUGAUUGUCUAUGGAAGAGGAUGUCCACGGAAGAGGUGCCGCGCGCUGCUGGCUGCAGGUGUGCGCACAGGUGUGGGGAGCAGCGCCUCCGGGCGGGCGGCCCCAGGGCUGCGGGCAGGGCACGGCCAGGCUCCGAUCCGCCCCGUCUCGGCUUCCCCCUCACCUUUCCUGGCCGGGAGCCGCCCCCGAGGGGCCGGGCCAGCAGCGGCGGGAGGACACCCGGCUCUAGCCGGAGGCUCCGUGCGGCAGCGACGCCUCAGCCCCGACGCCGCCGCCUCAGCCAUGUCCUCCAGCUCUCCUCCGGGCGAACAUAAGAGCCGGAGCCUGGGCCGGCUUUCCCUGCCUAGGAAGGGCAGUAUGACGCCCGGCAAGAAGCCCUCCUCGCUGGAGCUGGCCGAGAGCGUCCCGAACGCCCACUACACCCCGCUCCCCGAAGGGCAGGGAGGGCAGCCGCCGGCAGGCAGCGGUCCCGGAGCGACGCGGGAGCGGCCGCCGCACGUGAAGAGCGAGGUGGUGGUGGUGGGCGCGGAAAGUUCGCGGCCACCGGUCAGCCUGGACCCCCGCGUCUCCAUCUAUAGCCUCCGCAAACCGCUGCUGAGCCGCAGCAACAUCCAGGGUCGGGUGUACAACUUCUUGGAGCGGCCGACGGGUUGGAAGUGCUUCGUGUACCACUUCACCGUCUUCCUUAUUGUGCUGAUAUGCCUUAUCUUCAGUGUGCUUUCUACAAUUGAACAGUAUGCAGCUCUUGCUACAGGGACGCUGUUUUGGAUGGUAUGUAUUAAUGUGAUUGUGAGUUUGUUCUUAACAUGUAAAUCCUCAUCUGAACUAAUUAAGGGAGCCGAAGACUCCAUUGGGAAGGUUUGUGUUCCUAUCGGCGUCCCAGUUGCAGACAAAAAGCUCACAAUGGUGCUGUUGGAGGGGUUUAACUGCAGUUACUUGUUGGCACUUGCCCAGCGAGAGCUGAGUCUGAGCCAAGACUCUGAAAGGAUCAUCAUUUUGAAGGGUGAAAUUGUAUUAGUGGUAUUCUUUGGAACAGAAUAUGUGGUUCGGUUAUGGUCAGCAGGAUGUCGCAGUAAAUAUGUUGGAAUAUGGGGAAGGCUUCGUUUUGCUAGGAAGCCUAUUUCAAUCAUUGAUUUAAUUGUAGUUGUCGCUUCCAUGAUAGUUCUGUGUGUGGGCUCUAAAGGUCAAGUCUUUGCAACCUCAGCUAUCAGGGGCAUCCGUUUCCUGCAGAUUUUGCGGAUGCUGCAUGUUGACCGUCAGGGUGGCACAUGGAGGCUGUUGGGAUCGGUCGUCUUCAUACACAGACAAGAACUGAUAACUACACUCUACAUUGGAUUUCUGGGCCUGAUUUUUUCCUCCUAUUUUGUGUACCUGGCUGAAAAAGAUGCUGUAAAUGAUUCUGGAGAAACAGAGUUUGGCAGCUAUGCAGAUGCCCUAUGGUGGGGAGUAGUGACAGUUACAACUAUUGGCUAUGGGGAUAAAGUGCCUCAGACUUGGAUUGGAAAGACCAUUGCUUCCUGUUUUUCAGUGUUUGCAAUUUCAUUCUUUGCACUACCUGCGGGAAUCCUUGGUUCAGGCUUUGCCCUGAAGGUACAGCAGAAACAAAGACAGAAGCAUUUCAACCGUCAAAUUCCAGCUGCUGCCUCUCUCAUACAGACUGCCUGGAGGUGCUAUGCAGCAGAAAACCCAGACUCUUCGACAUGGAAAAUAUAUAUUCGAAGACCGGCCAGAAAUUAUCAUUUGCUGUCACCCAGUCCAAAACCAAAGAAAUCAGUGAUGGUUAAAAAGAAGAAAUUUAAGCUGGACAAGGACAACGGGCCUUCUUCUCCAGAUAAGAUGUUAACAGUUCCACACAUCACUUACGACCACGUGACGGAUGACAAAAAACCUGAUUUCUGUUUUGAUACAUAUGAAAAUUCUGAUUGUCAGCGUUCCUGGCCAUCCUUUUCCACAGACCAGCAAUCUUCCAGCGCUCCUUCCUCUCCAGUGAAAAAAAGCCCGACGUUUUUAGAUGUGAACACAGGACCCUUCAUCAGGACCAACAGUUUUGCAGAUGAGCUUGACCUGGAGGGUGAAACGCUGUUAACCCCAAUAACUCACAUCUCACAGUAAGUCAAGGCCGUUGAAUUGUGCAUUAGUUGACUUAGACAAGAGAAGCCAAUCCAGGUGGGAGGAGCUGGAAUAUGGAGCUGAUAGGGCUAUCUCAGAUAUUUGCGUCAAACUCUUUUACCUUGAAGUUGGUGUAUACUUUUCUGAGUGCCAGUAAAUCUUCUUGUUGACCUAAAGAAAAGUUCACUUGGCUUUGACACAAGGUUUUAGUUUUUAGCUAAUGUCCAUGGGCAGCUGGUGGUUGAUAGCCUUAAGAUUUUCACAUGCAGACAAUGUGUGGUAGCACUUGCCUGUUGAGAAUUAUAUUAAUCCUUCCCUCGUUUUCCAGUGGAAUAGCAGUAAAGUGCAAAUUUAGAAGUACAUAAAUGAAAUACUGGCCUUUAGAUUUCAGCAGUACCUUCUUGAGUGAUUAUAAGAUAAUAUGUAUUGGAAGAAAAAUGUGUUUUGAUCUUUAUUACUGCUUUGUGAUGUAUUGAAAUGACUUGAAAUAGGCCUAUUUUUUUGUUUGUUUGUUUUUUUAAAAGGUUUUCCACGUUUCUUUUAUGCUAAAAUGUUAUGUCUCUUCAGAUUGUUCUCAAAAAUUCUUAAGAUAACAGAAUUUAAGUAUACUGUAACGUCAAAAGGAAAAAUGAAUCGAGAACAACUAAAUAUUUUAUUUGAACACCUUAAAAAUAUCUAUCACUGUCUAAUUCAGCCUGCUAACAAAUUCAUAUUAUUUGCCGUAGCAAAUGUGUGACAGUGUUUAAAAGAUCAAACUCUUUCACCUCGCUGGCAGAAUGAGAGUUUCUUCCUUUCCUAUUCCUAGAAAUCUGACUAUUUCUGCAGUGAAACCACAGAUGAAAAUUCUUGGCAUACUUACGUUUCUGAGGUACGACACAUGCAGAAAUGCCUGCUGCCAAUUUUCAGGCCUUCUUUCUCAGUGAUAUAAAUAGCAGAGAAGCACAAACAUACUUUAUAUAGCCCCUUUAGAAAGGGUACGAAACAAAGAAGAUGUAGGUUUUGGAGGGCAGUGUCGGCUCCCAAACAAAAUAACUUGCAUUCUCAGCUGAAUCACCUACAUGUACAUAUAUUUGUAGGCAGAGAGUUUAAGAGACUUUUAUUCUGGAAGAUUUCUUAGUGGUGCAAGCAGGAGGAGGAAGUCAUAAAUUUCCUCUAGCCUUAGACAAGAACAACGGAGCAGCAAAACCAGAUCUAGAAGUUUCCUUUUCAUUGCUUUAAAAACAAAAAAAAACAAAAAAAAAAACCAACAACCAAACUUACCACAACAUUGCAAGGCUUUCUUUAAGGGAAAUAAGCUUUGGUGCCAGGAGUUUUCAUCAUCCAAUUUGGACUUGCUAAUGAUUCCUUUUUUUCUCGUUGUCACCUUGAAACAUUAUAGUGAGGUGCUCUUCUACUUUUAAGUCAGAUUGUGUAAUACUUGAAAUGUGAUUUUUAUUUAUUGUCAUUUCUGGGAGCCCUUAGGAUAUAGAUAAUGUGUAUCGGUCAAAAAAAAUAUGGAACUAGCAUUCUUCUACUUGUUCAUAGUGUUUUUGUAUUUCUUAUAUUGUAACCUUCAUUGAAAUUCCUAUAUCGCUUUAGAUUAUAAGUAAUGGAAUAGUACAAAAUGUGUCCAUGUAUUUGCUUUGAGUUGAGUCUAUACUAAGGUAGAAGAAAGUGCAGGUCAUGUAUUGGUAGUUUGUUUGUUUUUGUUUUGAUUGUUUUUCGAAAACUUUUUGGUUCUCAAUUCAAAACCAGAUAAACUGGAUUAAAUGUAAAGCUGGAUAAAAUAUUAAUUGACUUGCAUCCCUUUGAAGUAUGGGUGCCCAGAUGUUGUAUAGCUUAUGGGCUGCUCAUUCAGAAGUGCAUUUACUUGGUGUGCAGUCGAUUAAAUGUCGUAACAAGGACAGAGAGGCCCAUAGAUAUAAAGGUUUGGCAAAAAGUUAGAGAAAACCUUGCGUUUUGCAGAGUUUGUUGUUGUAUUUUGCAUUUAGAUAACAGAUUUUCUCCC